GUGGUGUUUUUAGCACAUAAUAAUAAUAAUGGAAGAAUCAAUUAAGAACAUGAUUGUUGUUGGAGUUGUUUCAUGGUCAUCAGCAUUUCUUGUUACAAGGAGGAUCCUUCAGAAGCGUUCUUUUGAUUUCAGCAACAGAGUUAUCUCAACAAUUCAUGCAAUUUUGGCAGUCACGUUGGCUUCAAUCUCUGUUCAAGAUUGGAAAUGUCCAAUAUGCCCUGUAGCUUCAAAUUCUUCUCUUACACAGAUGCAAGUUCUGGCAGUGAGCGUUUCAUAUCUGAUAUAUGAUUUGGUGUGUUGUCUGUUUGGUGAAAGAGUGAGUAUGGACAACACCAUCCACCAUUUGGUUAGCAUUCUUGGACUUGGAGCAGGUCUUUGCUAUCAAAAGUGUGGUUCAGAGAUGGUGGCAUGUGUUUGGAUAACAGAGAUGUCAAGUCCUUUCUUGCAUUUGAGGGAGCUUCUCAAGGAACUUGGUUAUAGGGACACUCCUCUUAAUUUGGCUGCUGAUCUUCUGUUUGCUGCCAUAUUUACAUUUGCAAGGAUGGUGGCUGGACCCUAUCUCACCUAUGUCACUUUAUCUGCCAAUAAUCCAUUUCUCAUCAAGGCUACGGCAUUCGGUUUGCAGCUAGUAAGUGCAUUCUGGUUUUACAAAAUCCUAAGAAUGGUGAAAUACAAAUUGACUAAGAAGAAAUCUACAUCUAUAAAUGGCACCAACCAUGUCAACGGUAUAAAGUAGUAGAUGUGUGUAUAAAGUAGCAAUCCAAUCUUCGACUUGUUUGUAUUUUAGAUCAUUCUUUAAUUUUUAUUUGGAAAUUAAAUUAUGAUUUGGGCAAAAACAUUAAGAUAGAAUUUUUUGCCCAAGUUGUAGUUUAAAACUUGAUGUGCAAUCAUGUACCAAACAAUUUAAUUGAUUUUUGUACCCAGUAGACAUCUAAUUAUUAUUAUUAUUAUUAUUAUACACUUUUCA